GUAGACUUCAUGUUUAUCUGCAUCACAACAUAUUAAUUGUAAAAAUAUAUUACUAGACUUUAUUUAACUCAUAUCAAUGAUGAUAUCAUUCCCGAAUGCAGUACCUCGGCUACUCGCUCACAAACCAACCAAACCAAGAUGGUGGCAAAAACCAUGUGGUGAUCAGCAUGGAGAAUAUGAAUCGCCAUUCAACCCAGACGACUUCCAACAUUGGCACUUAAUUGAGCUUCACCAUUCAGUGUCCUAUAAAUUAAAGCAAUUUUUGAAUUUGGAUAAACGACUCUCCGCGAUUCAUCAUGACUUGAUUAAUCAGAAACUUGAUUUUAUGAGACCAAUAACCAAAUGGAAGGAAGCAUAUGACAGACUUAUGAAUCCAGAAAAAUGCCUAAGAGAUUUAAACGACGAUUUAACAAGAUGCCUUGGAGCACUUCAAAUAACAUACUCCUACCAGGAAGGCCGGGAAGAUACCUUAGAAUAUGAUGGUUUAUUCAAGUGGGCGGUACGCGAUUUAAAAAUAUUUAUGUGUAGACUUAAACUUCUAUUCAAGAUCACACUAAAAAAGGAGUUAAUAUAUCCAAAUCCAUAUGCUGAGGCACCAAAGGAGGACUUAGCCAAUCUCGAUGGUAAAUCUCGUCGGACUAAAAGAGUACAAAGAGACUAUGCCUUCUACCAUCACUACCUUAAAACAAUGGAAACUGCUGUCGAAUUGCUAAAAUUCUAUGUUACUUGUAAAGCUUCUAACUUUGAUCCAGCCCCAACAGUUAAACCGUCAGUUGCAAGAGAAAUCAUGAGAUAGAACAAUAAAGCAACCUAGUUACAUUUUGUUUAACCCUCUAACUGGUUAGAGAUCCCUGAGGGCUCCAUCGCUUAAUUAUUUAUCGAAGCCACAGUAAAAUUAACCCGUGUUGACCUGUCCCCCUCCCCCACUUGCAAAAAUUAAAAAACAAAUAGCCCUGAUUUAUGAGCUACUUAUGAGCUCUCAUAUUCCGCAAAUUAAAAAUUUUGAGCUCGUUCCGCUGAGGAAUUCCAACAGAAAUUUAAUAUUUUAGUGGGGGUACACUACUUAAAAAUAGGAAUAUUGAAUCGAUUUUUGCGGCAGAAUUACGAGCUAUCUAUGAGCUCUUAAAUUGAUAUAGUUUAGAUUUUUGAGCUCAUCCCCUUCACCCCCAAGCAACCCUUUAAUUGAUUUAACUUAAGAGAAAAAUGCUGAGAAAACUUAAAAUAUAUCGUAUUGCAAAUAUAAUUCCCAUAGCUUAUAUAUUCUAAGAAUAAACUAUUAAAUCACGUGCAUUUCGAUUAUUGAGCUACAACCCCUUCGCAAGAAAACUACCCCAUCUUUCCGGCUUCAGAGGAAAUUGUACUUAAAAUGCAUUAAAUUAAUUAUUUGGCGAAUACAUAUUUUUAAUAAUUUAUGAGCUCCCAAAUUACGCGCAUUUAGAUCAGUAAAUUGCAAUUUAUUUUGUACAGUGCAGUCACUCAAGGUAAAAAUCAACAAUUACCUUCAAUUUCGGUGAACCUUCAUCGAUUUUCACGAAAAUUGGUCAGUGGUUAGAGGAUACCUCAAGACACAAAGAUGACAUGGUGCCACCUUGCGCCUUUACCCUGAGGGUGGAUACCGCCCCUUUUUAGGGUAAAAAUUAAUUUAUAAAAAAUAACUGCACAAAUCAAUAAAAGGACAAAUUAUAAGCAAAAUUUGUUAUAUAAAGUUAUUAAAAUAAGUCAAUACUUUUUAAGUUAUUAAAGAUCAAAGAUUUUAAUUAUUCGCGAAAAAAAAUGCAUGUUUUGAAGCGGUUUUUCGUAAAUCACUGAAAAACUGUAAGUUUUUACAAAAAAGUUAAUAGCAGUUUAAUUCGUAUAUCUUAUAUUCUAAGAAUAAACUCUUAAAUCACGCCCAUUUCGACUAUUGAGCUACAACCCCUUCGCAAGAAAACCAUCCCAUAUUCCUGGCUUGAGAGAGUUGUACUUAAAGUAAAGUUAAGUAUUGUUGGAGUUAUUAUUUUAAAUAUGAUUUAAAAAAAUCAAAAUUUUUCAAAUUUUCGUAAAUUAUUUGCUUUUGAUAAUAACUCCGACAAUACUCGAUACACGUAAAAAAUUAUAGGUAACGAAAUUUGAGUUUUUUUUGUUAGCAAAAAUUUUACUUGUCUUUUGAUUUGUGUAUGAAUCAAAAUAACGAAGAUAGAAACGUUUAGGCCUAAAUUUUACUACCAGAACAAUGUAACACGAGCCCUUUACUAUGAAUACAAUGCUAUUAUCCUAAAAAAAUAAAGUAUUUGAAAGAUUAAAUGUAAAACAGUUUUAUAGCUCUUAAGCCAACCUGUGAAACCUUUUAAAUAGUUGGAUGUGCCUAAUAUCAUAAAAAUUGACAGUUAUUAAAAAAAUUAAUUUUUUUUCAAAAAAUUUUUGGAGUAUAAAUUUUGAUGCUAUCAACUUUUUCUGGAGCUCAUUUGAUUCCUAGGUAUUUCUAAGCAUGUACUUUGACAAGUAUUUAGUAAGUGUUACAUAAAAUGCAUUUCUUUCACGUUAUUUAAGCUUGAAUCCUUAGAUUUGAAUAGUCGCCGAAAAAAUAUACAUUUAAUUACCUAUAACUUACUUUAAAUUUACAUUAUUUUUAAGUAAGCAAUUUAUUAUAUUUUUUAUUAGCUUCAAUUUUAGUGAUGAAAGCUUUUUUGUAAAAACUUACAGUAUUGGAGUUAUUUAUGAAAAAUCGCUUUAAAGCAUGCAUUUUCUUUCACAAAAAUUAAAAUAUUUGAUCUUUAAUAACUCAAAAAGUAUUGAUUUAUUUUAAUUACAUUAUAUAACAAAUUUUGCUUAGAAUUUGUCCUUCUCUCGGUUUGUGGGGUUAUUUUUAAUAAAGUAAUUUUAACCCCCGAGAAGGGGUGACAUAUACCCCAGGCUAAAACCGCAAGUUGUUAUUGUUAAUUUUGUUUCUUGAGGUAUCCUUUAUCCGCUCACCAAUUUUCGUGAAAAUGAAUGGAGAUUUACCGAAAUCGAAGGCCAUAGUUGAUGUUUACCUUCAGUGACUGCACUAUAGAAAGAAAAUUGCAAUUCAAUAAUUGAGAUGCGUAUAUUUUGCAAUCUCAUAAAUCAUUAAACGAUAUGUAGUCGCCAAAUAAUUAAUUUAAAUUAUUUUAAGUACAUACUACUCUCUCUUAAGCCGGGAAUAUGGGAUGGUUUUCUUGCGAAGGGGAUGUAGCUCAAUAGUCGAAAUGCGCGUGAUUUAAGAGUUUAUUCUUAGAAUAUAAGCUAUACGAAUUAAACAACUAUUAACUUUUUUGUAAAAACUUACAGUUUUUCAGUGAUUUACGAAAAAUCGCUUUAAAACAUGCAUUUUUUUCACGAAUAAUUAAAAUCUUUGAUCUAUAAUAACUUAAAAAGUAUUGACUUAUUUUAAUAACUUUACGUAACAAAUGUUGCUUAUAAUUUAUCCUUUUAUUUAUUUAUGCAGUUAUUUUUUAUAAAAUAAUUUUCACCCCCGAGAAGGGGCGGUAUCCACCCUCAGGGUAAAAGCGCAAAAUGGCACCAUGUCACCUUUGUUUCUUGAGGUAUCUAACCACUGACCAAUUUUCGUGAAAAUCGAUGAAGGUUUACCGAAAUUGAAGGUAAUCGUUAAUUUUUACCUUCAGUGACUGCACUAUACAAAAUAAAUAGGGAGCUUAUAAAUUAUUAAAUGAUAUGUAGUCGCCAAAUAAUUAAUUUAAUGUAUUUUAAGUACAAUUCCCUCUUAAGCCGUGAAGAUAGGGUAGUUUUCUUGCGAAGGUGUUGUAGCUCAAUAACCGAAAUGCACGUGAUUUAAUAGUUUAUUCUUAGAAUAUAUAAGAUAUAGAAUUAUAUCCGCAAUACAAUAUAUUUUAAGUUUUCUCAGCAUUUUUCUCUUAAGUUAAAUCAAUUAAAGGGUUGUUUGGAGGUGAAGGGAAUGAGCUCAAAAAUCGAAACUGUAUCAUUUCAAGAGCUCAUAAAUAGCUUGUAAUUCUGCUGCUAAAAUCGAUUCAAUAUUCCUAUUUUUAAGUAGUGGUGGGGGCUGACUCAGCCCCCCCCCCACUAAAAUAUUAAAUUUCUGCUCAGUGGAACGAGCUCAAAAUUUUAAUUUACGGAAUAUGAGAGCUCAUAAAUAGCUCAUAAAUCAGGGCUAUUUGUUUUUUAAUUUUUGCAAGUUGGGGGGGGCAGCUCAACACGGGUGUAAAACCCAUUUAGCCACAAACUGAUUUGAAUCUCUCUUAUUAGUUCUUCUAGAGACGUUUGAAAUGCAUUCUGAUUCACUACUCCGUAUCGUUACACAGUGGCGGCGCAAGAUCAUAAUUUUAUAUGGGCAAUAUACAUUUUGCCAGGCCCUCUGCUCGCGCAUAAAGACAGAUUUUUUAAAAUAAAAAACAUGUAUCAUUUUCAUUAUUAAACUCUUGUUCGUGCAAAAUCUAGUCUACAACAAAUUUUUAAGAUAUUAAGACCAACCAACGUUAAAAAACAGUUUUAUCUAAAUAUUACAGGAACAGAAAUUUUCUUCUUUUUACACUGCUGAAUUGAUUAAUUAAGUGCUCCUAAUCUAGCUUGGAUGCUGCAUCAGCUGGAUAGAAAAAAUUGCGACCGCAGAAAGUCUUUCCAAGCAAGCAAGCAAUUUGAUUCAACCCGACUUGUGGUCCUAUGUGGUGACCUAUCGAAAAAGUACAUUCGGGUGUAACAAUUCAUUGGGGCGAGGUGUUUUGACCCGAGUCUAAAACAGGGAUCACCCCACCUCGCUCCAAUGCCCCAGGCUAUCCCUUCCCCCCUCCCCCCAUAGCACGCUGAUGCGCGAUGGGGGCACAACUAUCGUAGCCAAAUGCUCUUCACAAUGGAAUCCUGGGUAAUAAGAUUCCAAUGUGGUGCCCUAAUCGAAUUACAAAAACUAGGCCAGCGUGAAGCGCUCUAUGCCUUUAUCUUCUAUUUACUUAUCCGCGGUACUAAAAUUGCUUGCUUGGGCACCAAGUCAUUGUAUCAAGCCACACUGAGCUCGGUCCAAUGACUUGGUGCUCAAGAAUUUUAUGAUUUUUUUGUUUUUUAUGAUUUUUUUGGUGGCUUACGCCUUUUUUGGAUAUUUUUUUUAUAAUUGUCUUACCUUAAGGUUAUCGUGGUAUUGGACCUACGUUUGUGUUACGUUUUUCUUCGGCACUUGUUGUUUUCGAGCUACGAACCAUGCCACCGCACCGGUGGAAAGCGUCGUACCUUAGCAUCUCUCGCAGUAUUGGGCUUGGAUGGUGCUCCAGUUCUGCAAAUUUUUCCCUGGCCUUGUCUGUCAUCAUCUCCGUGACUCUAAAUUGCUGUAGUCCUCUGAAGAGGAAUCGUUCGGCUACGUAUUUUGGGACUUUGCCUGCUUCUCUUAGGCUAUUGUAGUGGACCGUCUGUAUCUUCUUUUUUGUUGUAUCACACACGUGUCCCCAUGCGAGAGAUGCGUACGUUAGUAUCGGAAGUAUUAUACUAUUUAUAAGCCUUAUUUUAGUUUUUAGUCUUAUUUUACUUUUCUUUUCUGUGAGUCCUCUCCGUGUUGCUCUUGCCAUGUUGGAUUUCUGGACUGUGGCUUCGUCAUGUUUCUUGAACGUUAAUCCUUUGUCCAUGAUGACUCCUAGGUAUUUGGCUUCGUCUUUCCACUCGAUGGGGAUGUUCUGCACCGUCAGUUGUUCUUCUGGCUGUUGUUUACCUUUCUUUUAUACUACCGCUUGCGUUUUCUCAUAGUUUUUGGCUAUCUUCCACUUUAUACUCCAUUCCUCGAUGUCUUCUAACGCUGUUUGCAGGUUGGUCACUGCUAUGUCUACGUUUCUGUGUUUGGCCGCUGUCGCUGUGUCGUCUGCGUAGAGGCUCAAAAGGGUACCUGGAGUUCUAGGUACGUCUGCGGUGUAUAUUGUGUACGGCAGGGGUGACAGGACUGCUCCCUGUGGUACUCCAGCCUCCGGGCUCCCGAGCUCGGACAGGACUUGUCCUAUCCGAACCCUGAAACUCCGGUCGCCAAGUACGAAGAGAUCAGCCUCGUCAUCGCCCCGCUAUACCCAUAGCCUCGCAUUUUAUAUUUAUAAAAAGUAUUUCCUGUGACAUCGUACUCCUUAAAUAAUCCUUAAUGAGUUUUAGUUUCCAGAAGCUCCUUUCAGCGGAUAUUGUACUUUUCGGUAUUGUUGAUAAUAUUCUAAUAACGAUGUAAAUGUUUGGGACAAUGGUCUAGUUAUACAAUGGUUUGGGUAUAUUUGUUUUAAGUUAUUAUCUGUAAUGUAUAGAAGCAACUGUUUCACGUCUGUUAUAAAAUUAGGUAAAUUAGGUACCAUUAUUUGUAAUUCUUCAUAUAAUUCGUAAGGUUGAAAGUCACUGCUCUCACCCACUCAUAGGAUUGUGUGUAAAUCUUGACAUUUUUUAAUACUUGAUCGUGUGGAGUAUUUUUUAAUUUACUUUUAUAUCAUACAGAAAACCGAAAUUUUUAUGAUGUUGAUUUAAAGCCAUAAAUCUCAAAUCCAUAUUGCUAAUAAUCGAAUCAAGUAUAGUGUUAAAAUGUUUGCUUCAUACCGGCUUUUGGGACACUGUAUAGGUUGUUUCUCGCGCUCUUAAUCAAAGACCCUUUUUAUUUUCGCUACACUUUUGUUUUUAAAUUCGUUAGGCAGAUCAUAACAGCUUCUGUCAAUAAAGUGUUGAGCAUCAGAUAAGCAUUUUUCAAAUCCAGUUUGGUGAUAUUCUUUGAUCCAGUCACAAAGUGUAUGAAAAUGUUUAAGGGCAAUGCUCAAAUGGAUCUGUACAGAUUGCCAUAGUGCUUAUCACAUUAACACGCGAUAGCAAUUCAUACCAUACAUGUGAAGAUAUUGCAAAUUCUAAACUAAGCAUUUCGUUUAAUACUGAAUCACAAUCACUAAUAGUGCAGUCACUGAAGGUGAAUAUGAGCUAUUACCUCCGAUUUCGUUGAACCUCCAUCGAUUUGCACGAAAAUUGGUGAGUGGUUAGAGGAUAUCUUGCGCUUUUACCCUGGAGGUGGAUGCCAAAAUUAUUUUAUAAAAAAUAACCCCACAAUUCAAUAGAGCGACAAAUUAUAAGCAAAAUUUGCUCUAUAAAGUUAUUAAAAUAAAUCAAAACUUUUUGAGUUAUUAAAGAUCAAAGAUUUUAAUUUAUCGUGAGAAAAAUGCACGUUUUUAACCGAUUUGUCAUAAAUAACUCAAAAACUAUAAGUUUUUACAAAAAAGUUAUUCUUGUCAAAAUUGAGGCUAAUAAAAAUCAAAUAAAUUCCUUACUAGAAAAACAAUUCAAUGUUAACUGAAGGUGAGUUAUAGGUAAUUAAAUGUAUAUUUCUUUCGUCGAGUACCCAAAUCUAAGUAUUCAAGAUUAAAUACCGGGAAAAUGAUGCAUUUUAUAACAUAAACUUAUUAAACAUCUGUCAAAUCUCAUUGAAAUUUCUAUCAAAUAAGUGCUCGAACAAGUUGAUAGCAUUAAAGUUUAUGCACCAAAAAUGUUUCAAAAUGUAUCUUUUAAAAAAUUUUCUAAAAAAUGUUAUUGUUUUUUUGUAAAUAACUCCGUUAAAUUUUAAAGUAGCAAGUUCAUCUAAUAACUGGUUAAAAUUUUAUUCCAAGAGCUAUUCAAAAACGUCAAAAUAGUCAUUUAUACCUCUUACUUUUUCAAAAAUAAAAGGUUAAAUGGCCCCGGUUACAUGGUUCUCGCAGCAAAAUUGAAAUUUUAAACGUUUCUAUCUCGGUUAUUUUUUACUCUACGAAAAUAGUAAAAUGGGUAAAGUAUUUGCUACAGAAAAAACUAAAAUUUUAGUUAUUUAUCAUUUUUUACGUAUAUUGAGUAUUUUUGGAGUUAUUAUCAAAAGAAAAUGAAAAGUACGAUAACUCUAAAAAUUCUGAUUUUUUAAAAUUAUACCUUUUUUUCAAAAAUAUGCAUUCUAAACCGGUCAAAUUUGUUGAAAUAAUUAAGUAUGAUAACAUAAAGAAAUUCUUGUGAGGAUUACUACAAAUUUUAAUUUUUGCGGAAAUGGCGUAUGUUUAGUUUUUAACUUUUUCCUAAAAAAGUCGAAAGGGUUCUCUUAUUUUCAUCAUAACUUGCUUAAUUUUGACGCUAUUAACUUCUACUGAAGCUCAUUUGAUAGGUAUUCCAAAGUACUUUGACAAGUGCUUAACAAGUAUAAAAUGCAUCGUUUUCCCGUUAUGUAAGCUUGAAUACUUAGAUUUGAGUACUCGUCGAAAAAAAUAGACAUUUAUACCCAUAACUCACUUUAAAAUAACAUUAGUUUAGUUCUUUAAGUAGGGAGUGUAUUAAAUUUUUUAUUAUCUUUAAUUUUGGUAAUAAUAACUUUUUUACAAAAGCUUAUAGUUUUUGAGUAAUACGUGAAAAACAGCUUUAAAACAUGCAUUUUUUUAAGAAAAAAUAAAAUCUUUGAUAUUUAAUAACUCAAAAAGUAUUGCUUUAUGUUAAUAACUUUUUAUAACAAAUUUUGCUUAGAAGUUUCCCCUCUAUCGAUUUCUGGUAUUAUUUUUAAUAAAAAAAUUUCACCCACGAGAAGGGGUGGCAACCACCCCAGGGUAAAAGCGCAAGUUAACAUCAUGUCACCUUUGUUCCUUGAAGUAUCUUCUAACUACUUACCAAUUUUCAUGAAAAUCGAUGAAGGUUCAACGAAAUCGGAGGUGAAAACCUUCAGUGACUCCACUAUAAGAGUGUCUGAUUGAUAUGUUUGAUUUUUCAAACUUUCUAUCCAUCCUACAACAUCAUCAAACUGAAAUAGUAUGGACUUAACUGUCUCGAUUCUGCUUUCACAUCUCGUGUCCGAUAAAGGCUUCAUGGUAAAUUUUAAUUUAUCUUUGACCAAUUCCCAGCGUUUUCUAAAACCUGGUUCUGGUUAAUCUGCGUACCAGUUCCUUCCAUUCUCCUCUGUUUCUUGCUUUGUUUUCACUUCCCCCCAACUUAAGCCGAUUCUGUUGUGUUCUCUGGUUACUGUUUUCUGCAGUAUUAUCUGGUUGUCUCCUCUUCCUUGUCCCCUCAGGUUGAUAUUCGAGUGCUUGUCUUGUGAUAUUACUAGGAUCUUUUCUUAACGUAUGGCCGAUCCAUUUCCAUUUCUUCUGUCUGAUUGUUGUUAUUAUACUGGUUUCUUUCGUUCGUUUCCAUAGUUCUUCAUUAGUUAUUUUAUUAGGCCACUAAAUUUUUAGGAUCUUUCUUAAGGACCUAUUUACAAAAGUAUGCAGCCUUUUUUGUGCUUUCGUCGUGCUUCCAAGCUUCUGCUCCGUAGAGUAAUAUGCUUUUUACACAAGCAUUAAAUAUAUUGAUUUUUGUUGACUCUGUUAUUUCACUCCUUUGCCAGAUUUUAUUUAACGCAUUGAAGGCGAAUUGUGCCUUCGUUAUACUUGCCUGUAUGUCUUUCAUGCACCCUCCUUUUCUUUCCAUGAUUGAUCCCAAAUAAAUGAAUUUAUCUACUUCUUCAAUUUCUUUGUCUGUAGACCAUACUAUCUUUUCUAAGUCGAUAAAACUUAAAUAUAUGUCUUUCUGCCAUUCAUUGGAUAACUAGGGAUCCCGUAACUGUCAUCUGGUAUAUAGUCCUUAGGCGCUAGCUCUUCUUCUUAUCGUUUUAGCUGAAAUAAUUACACCUGUAGCUUCUAAAAGCUACAAGUUUUAAAUACAUGCUGAAUCCAUAUAAGUUUGGUUGUGUAUAUUACGCUGCGAAUAAGGCGCUAACAUUAUUGUUAUGUUGGAUUCAGCCAAAUAUUAAUUGUAUUAAAUAUAUGUGUUUUUAAAAAUAUAGCUUGCAUUCAUU